AUGGCUGAAGAAAGCAGCAACGAAUAUACGCCUCUUGACUUAAGCAUGAAGAACGAAGCAGCACCAAGUACAAGCCGCGACGGCACCCAGGGCGCUUCAUCUACUUUGGGCGCCUACAGAACGAAUGCUGACGAUGCCUUGCGCUACCAGGGAAAAACACACCACACGCCGAUGACCGACGAGACUUGCAGUGUCGACGGUGUCACUGACAAUGGCAGCACACGUUGCCAGCACUUGGGGUCCAUCAGGAGCAUCGAUAACGUGAGGCCCAGCACAAGUCGCGCUGGCAUGGAAGAAGCAUCAGCCAAGUUUGAAGACAGCGCCACGAAUGCUACUGGAACCAGAGGAAGAGAACAGCAAGUGCUCUGCGGCGCCAGUGGAAAGGUUUUCAGCAGACGGGACACCUCGCACGGGCAACCCAAUGAAAUCACCGACCGUACAGCCCCCAUGCUCAGAGCACAAAGACCCCAGUACUUCGGGGUGUCAGCAUCAGGCAUGGAUGAACAAAGGAACGAUGGACACACACCUCCUGCGUUUACCUUCAUCGACAAAGCAAUCCCGCAUAAAAGCCGCGAAGGCGGCGAGGGUGCCUUAGGCACUUCCGACGAUUACCUUACGUAUAUUGACGAGUACAUCAAUGACGCGUUCAAGGCGUUGAACCGCCAGACCGAUGCCACUGACGUCAAUGAUGCUGCUGAGAGUGGAAGCACGAAUGAUGCGCCUGUGGUGUCCACCGCCAGUGCCGAUCACGCCAGGCCCAGUACGAGCCGCGCUGGCAUCGCGAAAGUAUCGUUGACUACGAAAGACACCGCGAGGUGA